GGAUUCUAACACCUGCAAUUUGAUAAUAACUCAAGCAUAACAAAAAAUGAAUAACAAUCGCUAUCAAUAAGUUUUAGACGACUGACCCAGUUAAAAGAGAGAGAGGAGGGAGAGUGUGUGUGUGUGGGGGGGGGGCAAUAAUGGCAUGUUGAGAUCCAAUAUCUAUCUAUAAAAACCAAGGCUCUCUAAUAUUGAAUCUCAUUCUCCUUCGUUGUCCACCAAAAUCCAAUUCCAAAUGGAUCGACUGGGAUUCGUAAUUGAAGCAUCCGAAGCCCAAUCCAUGGCAGAAGCUUCGGGCCUCAGUCUGACCCAAUUGCUCCCAUCUCUGGUCAACUCCGCCCAAACCCUUGCCCGUCCACCUAUUUCCAACUUCCACGUCGCCGCCGUCGGCCUCGCACCUUCGGGUCGGAUCUUUGUCGGAGUCAAUCUUGAAUUCCCGGGUCUCCCUCUCCACCACUCCAUCCACGCCGAACAGUUCCUUCUCACCAACCUCUUCCUCAAUGACGAAACCCACCUCCACUCAUUCGCCGUCUCCGCCGCCCCCUGCGGCCACUGCCGCCAAUUCCUCCAAGAACUUCGCGGAGCACCCGACAUCCAACUCCUCAUAACCUCGGAUCCGAACCGAGAAUUCACAGCCUUAUCCCACUUUCUCCCACACAGAUUCGGACCCCACAACCUUCUCUCCCAAGAUUCUCCUUUUCUGUUGGAGCAACAUCACAACAGGUUAACGCUUCUCACAACAACCCAUCAACAAUAUGAAUAUGAACAUGAACACGAACACGAACACGAACACGCUGAUUCAUCGUCACUACCCAAUGGCGUUUGCAAUGGUCACGCGCUUGAUGAAAAGUUGAAGUUUGUGGCUUUGGAAGCUGCCAACAAAUCUCACGCACCCUAUAGCGAUUCUCCCUCAGGUGUGGCUCUCGUGGAUUGUGGUGGAAACGUGUAUAAAGGCUCUUACAUCGAAUCUGCAGCGUUUAACCCCAGCUUGGGGCCCUUGCAGGCGGCGUUGGUUGCCUAUGUCGCCGGCGGCGGCGGCGAUUAUGACCGGAUUGUGGGUGCAGUGUUGGUGGAGAAGGAUGAAGCUACGGUCAAACAAGAACAAACUGCGAGGUUGUUGCUGCAUUUGAUUUCGCCAAAUUGCCAGUUCAAGACAUUCCUUUGUUGCUGCUCUCAGCCUUCACCCUAAUCGUACCACAGAAAAAAAAAAGGAUUGUUGUUUUGUCUCAGUGGAAUAUUCAGUGGUAAACUGAAUCUGACGCUCAUGGAUGACCAAUGGAUGGCGGUAUAUAAUAAUAAUAAUCCCUCAUUAUAUGUCUUUUGUGGUUGAAAUAUUAUAAUGAAAACGUUUUUAAUUCUAAUUGCAUUGAUUUACUUUUAUAUAAUUAUAAUUUUAUCACAUUAAUACA